AUGAAGGCCGAUCUGUCUUUGUUUGGAAAUGCAAGAUCAGUAACCCGAGUUGCAGCUCGUACCGUACGGGCUUCAUGCCCUGUGGGUGCACAGGACAUGAGCGAGACGUCACGGAGCAGAGCAGAGGAAGAAACGACUAGAGCUAAGAUCCCAACGGGAAGCUCGAAGAGUCGUGAAAUGAAGGUCUUGAAGAGAGGCGAGGGUUCAGCAGGGAGCCCGAGGCAAGGAUUGAGGAGUAGACGUACUCCGAAGGAGGUAAAUUGGAAAGUGAGUUUGAAAUGGUUAGAGGUCUACGAAUCCUGGUUCACUAAACACCCUGUAGCUAGCUAG